AUGGGCUGCUGCGCGUCUCUGUUGUCGCGCAAUGACGAUAACCAACCCCAAGAGCGUAUCUCUACAGCAACGAGGAAUACCACCGAUCGCUCCACACAACAACGAACACGGCGCGCCCCAAACCUCCCUCUAAACGUACACUACAACCAGCCCGUGCGCAACCACGUAUGGCGCAGCAAGCGACGCACAUGGACGCGCGCACAGCUCGACCGCGAGCGCAUCGAGUUCUUCGAGACACGUGUCACAGGCAGGCCGGAGAUCUGGGCUGCUGUUUCGACGGUUAUAUCGCUGAUUCGAAGCGGUGAUUUGGUUACUGCGCAGAGUAUUAUUGAUGCUGCCGGGAUUACUGUUCCCACUGGAGAUCUUUGUGAGGGUUGUUAUGAUGAGCAGGGCGUGCUUUACAGGGUUCCGCAAUGUGUUGUUAGUGAUCCGGAGAACAUGGUUCCUUCGUCUUCGCGGACGGCUAGUGAAGAUGGCGGUCCUGCUGGAUAUGAGCCGGAUACUGGGGGAAUCUCGGAUGGAAAGCUUGCUACGGAUGAUGCUUCUGGGGACGAGUUGAUUUCUCAGGAUGUUGAACAUCGGGAUGAGAAAGGGAAGACGAGUGAGCGGGAUUUGAUCCGUGUGUUUGCUCGUUUGAGUGACGGGGGUCCUGAUAUCGUGCUUUCUAUUGGUAAGGGUCAGCCCGUGGGGCUUUUGGCGAGGAAGGUUCAUCAGGAAGCUAAGCUCGAGGAUGGUAGGCGUGUUCGAAUCGCUUACUUGGGUCGCUUGCUGAAUGAGCGUCAACCGCUUGUUGAUCAGGGAUGGAAGACUGGCCAUGUUGUCAAUGCUUUGGUCGUUUCCCCUGUUGAUGAUCUAGGUCUUGGACACCGAUCCUAG